AUGGUCGAAUCAACCAGGCUGCCAGCUGCGAAGGCAGGCGAACUCGAGUUUCCUGAGGCGUUGCGAGGAAAGCGGAUACUUCUUGCAACUGAAUCCUUUGGUCCCAUCAAUGGCGUCAGUCGAACAACAUUGAAUCUGGUUGAAUAUUUGAGGGGGAAAGGCGUGAAUGUUGCAGUAGUGGCUCCGGAAAUCAGUGUCAGCACCGGUCCGCGAGUAACUUCAACCAUCGACGAUAACGGCCAAAUCGAAGUCAGACUUCAAGGGUACCCUCUGCCAUACAAUCCUGAACUUUCAGUUGUAUAUCCCGUCAGGCUAUCUGCGUUAUACGCCCGCACGUUUAAGUCGCGACCCGAUUUGAUCUAUCUCGCCAGUCCUGCUAGUCUAGGUUUCCAAAUCCUAUUUCAACUUCGUCAACAACAAAGAUCCUCAAGGGUCCCGGUUCUGUUGAAUUUCCAGACAGACCUAUCGGGAUAUUGCGAGAUCCUUUUCCCAUCCCCCCUCGAUGCCUGGGCAGUAUGGGUCUUCCGAUCAGUCCAGGGAUAUUUAUUCCGACACCCUUCUGUGCGAACCGUAUUCUAUCCAUCGUUGUUCGUGAGAAGAUACCUCGAGAAGGCAGGGAUCCAAUCAGAUAAAAUGAUGAAUCUUCGACGUGGGGUGGACGCAGAAAUGUUCCAUCCUUCCAAACGAUCUGAGGAAAUGAGGAAGAGAUUGGCACCAAAUAAGGAGCUGAUUUUGGUAUGCGUUGCAAGACUAGCGCCGGAGAAGGGCUUCGAGUUCUUGGCUGAAGUAGCCAGACAACUGGAUGAGAGGAGAUUCCCAUUCAAACUUGUGAUUGUGGGUGGAAAUCGAAACCCGCAAGUUGAGGACGAUGUGCGGAACAUAUUCGGUAAAUUGAAUGACGAGGGAAAGGUUCACUUUACUGGCUUCUUGAAAGGGGAGGAGUUGGCGAGAGCCUAUGCUUGUGGGGAUGUAUUCGUACACUGUUCAAUCACCGAGACGUUCGGGCUGGUUGUACUGGAGUCAAUGGCGGCUGGUGUUCCAGUAGUUGCCAGAGAUGAGGGAGGACCAAGCGAAAUUGUUUCUCACGGAAAAUCCGGAUAUUUGGUGCCACCAUCGGACGUGGAAGGCUUUGUGGAGAAGGUCAUGAGGUUAGGACGCGAUUCGGAAUUGAGGAUGAGGAUGAGUAUCGAGUCAAGAAAAAUGGCCGAGGAAGCCACCUGGGAGAAGAUUAACAACAGGGUGGCAUGGAAGCUUGCUGAAGCGUUAGAGACUCAGGAAACGGUUCCGGUACAACAAAGCUUCUCCAUCCCGAUAUAUAGCUGGCUAUUGCUCAGCCAGGAGUUGAGGAGCUUCUUGGGGGGGUUGAUCGUUGAUGCCAAACUUAUGGGAGGUAUUGGGAUCAUAUUCGGAGUCUGGUACCUCAUUGAUGCCUUGGCGCUUACAGCGAGGCGGACUGACAAAAGAGCCGCUGAGGAAUGCGGAUCAUGUGGCUCCCUUGCAACGCGUUGCGCCGUGCUUGACGCCGGCCAUGAUGGCACCACCGUAACAAGGUUCCAAGCCGCCGAGUCAAAUGGCCGUAUCGCAGACGAAGUCGCUGAGUGGUUGAUUUGUGUCGACGAGAUCUCUGAUGCGGCUGAAGGAACAUCGGCGCAGCAUCCUGAGUGGCCUCGCUUCGAAGCGGCUUCAUGUUCACACAUCAUUGGUAUCAUUGGUAUCAUUGGUAUCAUUGGUAUCAUUGGUAUCAUUGGUAUCAUUGGUAUCAUUGGUAUCAUUGGUAUCAUUGGUAUCAUUGGUAUCAACGGUCUCAACACCAGCGGUCAACCGUCAAGCCCACAGCCCCUACCGAUGCUUCAUAUCCAACGUCGCGUAACUAUCCACCGCUUCCUCUCGGCAUUUCGGGGUGCCAAUCGUUUGAAAUGUUAUUCCACCAGGGGCCGACCCCCCUGGGACAUCCUCUGUGCGCUUCUCUUUCGUCGAGGGACGAGACUCGAAGCUUUGACUUCUUGA